UAAAACAGACUCCAGCGCGAAUGGUAAGCGUGAUAUGACAACUGCCCUGCUCCUUAAUCCUCGCUGGGCGGACACUGUCAUGUUUGUAUACGAUAAAAACUUGGAUGAGAUCAACAAGAGCAUGGAAGGACUGGUGGGUGCAGGCAACUUGUCAGCCAACCAGUGCAGGAAUCUAAUGGCCCAUUCUGCCUUGGGCGGCCACCCUUCCUCGCUGGUGCACGGCUCCGGCUAUUCCGCAGUAGAUGUGUCCGGGUCGGGAUCACUGGAAAUCGGCAAACAGUGCGCCCCUUACCCGGCAGUUCCACAAGGCUCCUCCACGGCCCCUCUUCCGUGUGGGUAUUUCGGCGGUGGUUAUUAUUCCUGUCGAAUGGGGAGAGGGUCUAUUAAGUCUUGUACCCAACCAACUGCCUUGUCAAGCUAUUCUUCAGAAAAGUAUAUGGACACCCCAGUUCAGUCUGAAGAGUACCCGAGUCGGGCUAAGGAAUUUGCCUUUUAUCAUGGCUAUCCCAGUCCCUAUCAACCUAUGGCGAGUUAUCUAGAUGUUUCUGUAGUGCAGACUAUCAAUGGUGCAGGGGAGCCGAGGCACGAAACUCUGCUGCCAAAGGACAGCUAUCAACCCUGGGCAUUGACGAAUGGAUGGAACGGUCAGAUGUACUGCUCAAAGGAUCAGGGGCAGACUGGCCACAUCUGGAAAUCUGCACUAGCAGACGCAGUAGCCCAUCGACAAGACGCGAGCUCGUUUCGCCGCGGCCGGAAGAAGAGGAUUCCUUACACCAAAAUCCAGCUGAAGGAACUGGAAAAAGAAUAUGCAGCCAACAAAUUCAUCACUAAAGACAAGAGGCGAAAGAUUUCCGCAGCCACCAACCUGUCCGAAAGACAAAUAACCAUCUGGUUUCAAAACAGAAGAGUUAAAGAAAAGAAAUUCGCGGCAAAAGUCAAAACCAACACUCCCUAA